CUGGUGUAACUUGACUCUAUCAGCCGAGAUUGAAGGGGCGACAUCAAAAUAAGCUGCCGGCAUAAAUACACAGGGAUUUGUUGUUUUAAAAGUUACUCAAGUGUUUGAUAGAAAGGAUUCAUCAAGCUUUAAGAUGCUGGUACCAACCCUCCUUGUGGCUGUGGUCACACUCCUGGCUGUUGAAAGCAGACCGUCUGGAGAUUUCGUCCGCUCCAACUACCCAAAGUCAGUCAACCGUUUCCUACAGCGUGCCAUCACUGAAGGUUUGAUCAGGGCAGAGAGGGAACUGGAGAAAAACUCUGAGCACUUUAAUGGCACUGACUGGACCAAUGACACGGAAGUGAGGCUAAGGUUUAACCAGCUGUCCUGUGACACCAAUUAUUGUGACUCCUGUAUCGGCUACCAACGACCGGAUAUCUGCGAAGAUUCCUGUGAGCAAAACUGUAUGAAGGAUUACGAUGACGAUGUUCAAGAUGAAAACGAGCAGGAACGUAACAAGCGGGGCGGCCUGAUUGAGAUUUGCCUGCAGAUUGACAUUCUGGGUCUAGGGAAGCUCCUGACUGGCCUCCUGGGCUUAGGGGGAGGGGGAGGGGGAGCAGGGGGCUUUCUUGGUAAUAUCCCCAUUAUCGGAGGUCUUCUCAGUAGUCUACUAGGCGGUGGAGCGGGCGCCCAAGCGGGUGCCCAAGCGGGUGCGGGCGGACUACUCGGGGGACUUCCAAUUGUUGGGGGCCUUCUAGGGGGUGGCGGAGCGGGCGCCCAAGCGGGUGGGGGCGGACUACUCGGGGGAAUUCCAAUUGUUGGGGGCCUUCUUGGGGGUGGUGGCGCAGGUGCCCAAGCGGGUGGGGGUGGAUUACUCGGGGGACUUCCGAUUGUUGGGGGUCUGCUUGGAGGGUAG